UGUCGCUUGGCUGGUUGUUGGAAGAGGCGCCCGCGCGCUCCGCCUCCACCUGACCGAAGAAGACUCUGGGAACGGCGGGUGGGAGAAAGCGCGCGCGCAGCCGAAUGCAUAGGGACCGGUGAGUGAAGGUUCUCACUCCGGUCCCCCUCCAAAGCCGCUCGCGUGCCGCGCCUCGACAAGACAUGAAGCAUCCAGUAAGUCCUGACCACAUGGCUGGAGAUAAAAAUAUGAAUCCAUCAGCAGUUCGAAGGGACUUUGAAGAUAAAGGACUGAGAUAUGAUAGGCCAGACUAUCGAUUAAGUAAAGAGAAAAAGAAGAUGAUAUUUUCCUUUUGUGAUGUGUGCAAUAUUCAGCUGAACUCAGCAGCACAAGCUCAGCUUCAUUACCAUGGAAAGUCUCAUCUGAAAAGAGUAAAACAGCUGAAUAAUGGGAAGAUACCUACAAAUACAAACAGUUUGUUUGCAAGUUCCAGCACAGGCAGUACGUGCCAUAGUACUACACUCCCAGCACUUGUCCGGACACCUGCCUUUGUGAUGCAGCCCUCCCUGGAUGUCAAGUCAUUUGUGUCCUUCCCAGUGGACAGUAGUUCUGCUGUUGGACUCUUCCCAAAUUUUAACACUAUGGACCCAGUGCAAAAAGCAGUCAUAAACCACACAUUUGGCGUGUCACUCCCCCUAAAGAAGAAACAAGUCAUCUCCUGCAAUGUGUGUCAACUUCGCUUUAACUCUGAUAGCCAGGCUGAGGCCCACUACAAAGGAAGUAAACAUGCCAAGAAGGUCAAAGCACUAGAAGCAACGAAAACUAGACCAAAAGCUGGUGCUUCCAAGAACAGCGCAAUGGCUAACGAGAACGGCUCUGCUACGCCGGUCCCGGCCAACAUCUCUGACAAAUCAGAUAGGGCAAUUCUGAAAGCUAAUGACUCUAGUCAACUUUCAAGGGCUGAAGCGGUCACCUUUAUAUCCAAGUCUGCCAGUACAGCAGCAGCUCCAGUAACGACACCUUCGUGGUCAGUUUCUUCCAAGAGCACAAAUGGGACUACCAAUGCCAUUUCUGAAUCUGAAGAGGAGAAAGCCAAAAAAUUACUGUAUUGUUCAUUAUGCAAAGUGGCUGUGAAUUCUUUAUCUCAGUUAGAAGCACACAACACAGGUUCCAAGCACAAGACAAUGGUUGAAGCUAGGAAUGGUGCUGGUCCAAUAAAAUCUUAUCCUCGGCCUGGAUCCAGACUGAAGACUCACGGAGCUAGUAUGGGCUCAGGACUGCAGAACAAAACAUUUCAUUGUGAGAUUUGUGAUGUCCAUGUCAAUUCAGAAAUUCAGCUUAAGCAGCACAUUUCCAGCAGAAGGCACAAGGACAGAGUUGCAGGGAAGCCUACAAAACCAAAAUACAGCCCUUACAACAAACUACAGCGUAGUCCAAGCAUUCUAGCUGCAAAACUGGCCUUCCAAAAAGAGAUGAUUAAGCCUUUGGCGCCUGCCUUUCUCUCCGCUCCUCUUGCCGCGGCAGUCUCCACAGCUUUGACUCUCCCGCCCCGACCCUCCGCUGCUCUCUUCCAGGCUCCUGCAAUACCCACAGCAAUCCUGAGAGCAGGACACGGGCCUCUCCGAGCGACUCCAGCGUCCAUCCUCUUUGCUCCCUACUGAAUCGGGAAUAAGCAAGGCAUGACUUUGGUCACUUGGAAGAAUGGCAAAAGAAGAUGUGAGCCAGGUUUCCACAGUUUUUACAAGACUGUAUUUUUAAGAUCUCAUGCUUGAUUCCGUCCCCUGAGAAUAAGUUACGAAGCUCCUCGGCAGGUAUUGCAAUCUAGAAUACGUAGGGUUGUGGGGUUUCUACAUAAAGCUCAGAAACCUGGUUUACAAAAAUAUAUAUAUAUAUUGUGCACAAAAUUCGUCAAGGGUUCAUGUGCCUGUUUUUAACUGGAUAUUAUGAUUUAUAAGCAAGAAAUGUGGAAUAUUUUCCUGUCUGACUUGAAAAUACAGAAUUGUAUACAGAGGUCUCUGGUGUGUAACAAAAGCUGGGUGAAAUAAUUACUUAGAUUGCUGAAAACAUCUCAGUAGUGGAUUGCAACUUCUGAUUACCUAUGUACGCUCAUUCCUAUAAUACAUGUCUUGUUUUAGGCCUUAGUAUAAGUGCACCUUAUGUAAUGCUCAAGAUCUAUCUCUAAUUUGAUUUUAAACAAUUUUAGUGGCUGUGCAAAUGUUUAGAAGCACAGCUCAGCCUUGAAUCUUUUCUUUUUGAAAAUGUAAUGUCUUUAAUUUAUCAUUUUAUUUAGAAGGACUCAGAAAUAACAAAGCCAUAUAUCCCAUAAGUAAGAUGAUGACUUGUUUACAAUUUUUAUUUAUUUUAUUUUGCAUUCAAUUAUUUCUCCCCCCUCCCCCUGUUGCUAAACAUCCAUUUCAAAGAAGUUUCGUCAUUUAUAUGUUUACUAAAGAGAUUGUGCACAUUGUUCAAUCAGAUGAAGAGCUGGCAUAUUUAUUAUUCAUACACACACACCCAACGCACUUGUGUAUAUACAUAUCUCAAUUUGGUUUGCAUUUCUAAACUUUUUUCCUAUAGAAUGAUGGCUGCAUACAGUUGUAGCUCCCAAUGCAAUAAUGUACAGGAGAUAAAAUAUUUAUAAAACAAAUUGUCUCUUCUGUUGAUGAAUAUUAUUGUUCCAGCCCUCCUCUCUGCUUUUUUCCCCACGCCAUUUUAUCAAUGUAAUUUGGACACUGAGGACAUAUGUCUUGCUUGGGAAAUGAGGGUAUUCUCCAAAAGCAUCUUUGCCUGCAAUCUGUAAAGAGUGUAUUUCUAUAUUUUUAAAAGCACAUUUUAAUAAAACGCCAUGGGAAAAUAAUAUAUAAUUUAUUAAUGAGAAAGAGAAUUCACAUGGCACUCUUAAAUGAGCUCUGUAUUGCUAAAACAGGAUUACAUAGAUUUUAUUUUUAAAAUUUUGAUAACUGAAUCAUGGUAUAGCACACUUACAUACAGCUGUACAAUCACUUGAUUAAACUUUCAUGGGUAAUGAAUGACUACAGUUAUGAACACAUGGAUAGUCUAUUUUGCAUAUCACUCUGAGAAGCUUAAUUUCAUGGCAUGCUAUGUUUUUAAAAAACAGAAAACUAUAUAGUACUAUAUACAUACCUAAAGGGGUUAUAAAAAAAAAUAAGCAUCACAGAGUCCAUCAUUUUAUCUCUUCAGUUGAGUACUGAGUACUUCUAGGCUAAUCAUCUUAUGCUGUUCCCCUGCUUCUAGCAAUCAGAGCUUUAUUGCCUCUGAAUGUAAUUAUUAAUAUUAACUAUUAAAAAGAUUCUUGAGAGACCAAUUCUCCAAUUUCCUUUUAUAAUAUCAAAUUUAAAGAUACAUAAACCUAAAUCUAUUUGUCUGAUAUGUGACUGUAUUUGGCUGAGAUUAUUUAAUUUGAAAAUAUUAUUCUGUUUUUUCAAAUAGGAAGGGAAAAGUUUGUUGAUUUCCAAUGGUAGUCAAGGCAUGGAGAUACAAAUUUCUGAAUUUAAAGUUUGGCAUCAGAUCCCAAGUGAAAUCAGAUUGUUUUCCAACCAGAAUCUUCUGAUUGGUACCGACCCCUAGAAUAUCCUUGACAGUUCUGAUAAACUGAACAUAAUAACUAAAAAUGUGAAAAAUGAUAGGCAUUUCCAAGAUGGGAGCAACACUACUAAGCAGAGAAGCUAGCAACAAGUUUUGGAGUAUAUUUUUCUGUACACAGAAACUUAAGUCCACCAAAAUAAAAUGAAGUAAUUUUCUCACUCUUUUUUUAAAGGCUUUGAGUUUACUACAGGU